GGCUGUCACCGACUGAGGAGGUCACUCGGUUAGUGAUGACUAUUCCAACGUCAAUGUAGGUUUGAAAGCGCCCGAAACGCGAUCAUUGCAACUUCUCAGUCUCCUGUAUCAUCUUCGCACAUCUCACACCAUGUCUGUCCCGUACAAGAUUGAAGCUUCGGAGGAGUUGCUGGUGGGAGGCCAGAACGAACAAACACGAGCAAGCGCAAAGGUUCCGAUUAUUGCUCGACAGUUCGUCAGCGAACGAGCGCUGAAGACUCUUGACAUUGUCGAGAAGUUCGUGGAAGAAGAAUGCAUUCCCGCAGACCCAAUCUACGCCCAGCAGAUUGGUGAAGGUAUCGCAAAUCGCUUCUCUGCUCACCCACAGAUCAUUGAGGACCUGAAGAAGCGUGCACGUGAGCUUGGGCUUUGGAACAUGUUCUUGCCGAAGAACCACUUCAAGGAAGGUGCAGGCUUCAGCAACUUGGAGUACGGCUUAAUGGCGGAGUACCUGGGCAAGAGCCAUAUUGCAUCUGAGGCCACCAACUGCGCCGCGCCCGACACCGGCAACAUGGAAGUUUUCGCCAAGUACGGCACGCAGGAGCAGAAGGAUAAGUGGCUCAAGCCGCUGUUGGCUGGCGAGAUCCGCUCUGCUUUCCUAAUGACCGAGCCGGACGUUGCAAGCUCGGACGCUACGAACAUUUCCUUGAAGAUGCAUAGAGAUGGCGACCAUUACGUGCUGAAUGGCUCGAAAUGGUGGUCGUCCGGUGCUGGCGACCCGCGUUGCAAGAUCUACAUUACCAUGGCCAAGUCCGACCCGGACAAUUCGAACGUCUACCGUCAGCAGUCCGUUGUGCUAGUUCCCGCGGAGACACCAGGUGUUACCAUCAAGCGCAUGCUUUCAGUGUUCGGCUUCGACGACGCGCCUCAUGGACACGGCCACAUCACGUUUGACAACGUCCGUGUGCCGGUGUCAAACAUCAUUCUGGGCGAGGGUCGAGGCUUCGAAGUGAUCCAAGGUCGUCUCGGUCCGGGUCGCAUCCAUCACGCUAUGCGCUCUAUUGGCUCUGCGGAGAAGGCCUUGGAGUACUUCCUCGCACGCGCAAAUGACCCAAGAAAGAAGCCUUUUGGCAAGUUCCUCCACGAGCAUGGUGUCAUGCUUGAGCGCGUCGCACGCAGUAGGAUCGAGAUUGAUGCCGCGCGUCUGCUCGUCUUGAACGCCGCAAUGAUGAUCGACUCCAAGGACGCGAAGUUCGCGCUCAAGGAGAUCGCCGAGGCCAAAGUGCUCGUCCCGGAUACGCUGCUGAAGGUGCUCGAUCGUGCCAUUCAAGCAUACGGUGGCGCUGGCGUCAGCCAAGAUACACCGCUGGCGAACAUGUGGGCACACGGACGAACAAUGCGAAUAGUAGACGGUCCGGACGAGGUGCACUUGAUCCAGUUGGGUCGCAACGAGAACAAGAAGGGUAAAUUCUUCUUAGACAAGAUCGAAUGGCAGAAGAAGAAAUCGGAGGAGAUGGCAAAGAGUUAUGGUAUCGAGAAGCGGGAUAUUCUACAAUUGGACCGACAGCAUUCGAAGGCAAAGUUGUAGUGUAAUGCAGCAGAAGUUGCGUUCAUCUUCCGAAUUGUUUGAAGCAGGAUUCGCACAUGCAGUUGCUAAGGUGGUGUAAGUCCGUCGACGCGUGCGUCACAGCUGUAAGAUUGUCCUAAGCCAGCAACAUGUAGGUGAGCAGGCUUGCACUUCCGUAGCAUGCUAUACCCCAUCUACGCAGCCGGGGUGGGUGGCAGCGAUCAAAGUCACUCGGUUCCCGCUAAAGCUUUCGGAGGCGGAGCUCACGCGGAAAUGGAAUCUGCACGGCGCCGUCAUCAAACGGCGUGGUCUAGCGCCG